AUGAUGAAUGCUUUUUGGUGGGGUCAUGGGGGCUCAAGCAACAAAGGGUUAAAUUGGCUAUCCUGGGAAAAACUCUUUGUUCACAAGAAUGAUGGUGGGAUGGGAUUCAAAGAUUUGGCAGCCUUUAAUGUGGCAAUGCUCGAGGAAAAACUGGGGCAUAACCCUAGUUUUGUGUGGCGUAGUAUUCUCAGCGCCAAGGUGGUGGUCCGGCAAGGAGCUAGAUGGAAGAUAGGCACCGGCUUUGAUAUUCCUAUCAUUAGUGAACCAUGGAUUGGCUCGGGUUCCAGUAUUCCUCCUGUAGGUGAUGAUAUGGUAGCACUUCAAGUCUUUUCUGUAGGACAUUUAAUUGAUCAAGAGGCUAAAGUCUAG